CGAGGUUCUUUGCUCACUUGUGUGCAGGGGAUUUCAAGGACUUAACGGGGAGUAACAAGUGCCUACAGUAGAGAUUGUGAGUGUCAUUCGUGAAUUUAUGGACUACAGAGACACCGUGCUUGUAGCGUAGCCCGACGGUGGGAUCUGAGAGAAGACAAAGAUGUGUAUUAGUUCGGCUUUUGUGUAAACAAUAUAUUCGGUCUCCUUGAAGGACACGACCCUCGCGCUUCACAUAAAUCUGUUCCAUUUCACGUGAACAAUCGCCCUGUGCAACAACUGCCCUGCUUUGUCACACUUGGAAGCAUAUUGUUUUUUUCUGACAAAGAAGAGAAAAGGUGUCUCAAAAGGCUCGAAUGCAUUUGUCAAUGGAUACCCUGGGAAUAGUGGACGACAGUUGCCUGGACAACUAUGACAUGGCAAAAGGUGCUGGGCAAAGUGGUGGAGGCCGGGUCCACAGCAUUGAUGUUAUACUGGGCUUCACUAAGGACCAGGACCCUUUACUCCAUUCGGAAGGGGAUGAUGACACCCACAAAGCCAACGUUGAAAACACACAGCACCCUGAGAAGCACGUCCCCUCAGAUCCCUAUGGGCACCUUCCAGAAUUGGGUGACAGCUCCCAACAUUCUUCCUACCAUGGUGUUUUAGAAUCUGACCUAUUCUCCGGAGACAAGUGUGAUGAAGAAAUGAGUAACCUGCAGAAGGAGGAGGACAUUGCUGAAGAGUCUCCAGAGGCCGUUACAGAAGAAGAGCACAGAAAAAAGAAACACAGAAGAAACCGGACCACCUUCACCACCUAUCAACUCCACGAGCUGGAGCGAGCCUUCGAAAAGUCCCACUACCCUGACGUCUACAGCCGUGAGGAGUUGGCAAUGAAGGUGAACUUGCCCGAGGUUCGUGUUCAGGUGUGGUUCCAGAACCGCAGGGCCAAGUGGAGACGUCAAGAGAAGAUGGACACGAGCACUAUGAAGCUCCACGAUUCCCCCAUGUUGUUCUUCAAUCGUCCUCCGAUGCCUCCGAGCGUCGGGCCAGUGGCCAACCACAUGCCCCUCGACCCCUGGCUGACCUCGCCCAUCUCCAGUGCUACACCCAUGCAUACCAUUCCAGGGUUCAUGGGUUCACCCCAGGGCUUGCAGCCUGCCUAUCAAAGCCACAGCUAUCUCAACACCCCACCUGGGAUGGUCCAAGGCAUGCAGCCAAUGGGCCCUCCUUCCUACCAGUGCCCACCCAGCUUCAACGAUAAAUACCCGAUGGAGGACGACAGGUGUUCGAGCAUCGCAGCGCUCAGGAUGAAGGCCAAAGAGCACAUUCAGUCCAUGGAUAAAACCUGGCAGCACAUGUGAUCUGACGAGCCACUUUGGAGAGAUUUUUGAGCUGCUCCCAUGAAUGUUUACAAACUGCUUUUCCACUGUUUCCUGUAUGACGAAGACGUGACGCAGAAGAAGUCAGACAUUUUCUUGACUGGAAAUUUGAAUUCAAAUCUCUGACAGGCAUUUAUUUUGGUUCAACUCAGAAGGUUUGGAAAUGGACUCCUGUUUAUCGAACGUUCUCUCUGUUUUCACACUUUUGUGUCAACAUUGAUUCAGUAAAUGUCUGACAGAGGUGAUACAGUGCUGGUAAACUGAAAUACAUGAGAGCCAUGUGGUCAGAAGUAGCAACGUUUGCGGUCGGCAAUCCUUUUUAUUGGAAAGAUUAAAUAAAUGUAAUACUGACCUCAACUCUCUAUACAUGAACCUACGUGUAUGACCGUCUUGCUCCCCUGAAGUGACAAUAUGCUCAUGGGGUUUAAUGAACACUGUGCUGUGUGUUGUAAAUUUACUGGUGUCUAGAUUGUCAGAACUAGAAAAUGUUAGGAUUAAUUUGGUUUUGUUCAAAGAAGUUUUCCCCCUUUGUCUUAUUUUUGGGGUUUUUCUUUUAGUAUUUUGAAUCUAUUAUUUUGUUCUGAAGAGUGUAGUUAUUGCCCAGAAUGUUCUAGUAUAUCUUCAGGUUUUAUUUUUUUUCUCUUCAGGUUUAUUUUUUUUAAAGACACUUCUCCCACUUGAAUUGAAGUUUGAUUGGUCCAAAAGUGAUGCGUCUUAUUUAAAUCAUUAAACUGGCCUUUUAGCGAGCAUUGAGCCCUGAUGGUGGAGGUUAUCGGAAAUCACAGAGCGUAAUCUGGUUGGGAGGCUAAUUUAAACAGACACACAUACCUCUUAACACCUAAUUACUGCUUUUAAAGCGAUUAACCCCGGAUUCUCAGCCAUAGACAGAAUGGCCUCAGAUGCCCCUGAAAAAUCCUUUUAAGAGUUAGAAAGUUAAUCUGUGCUGGCAGCCUCUCCAACCUGGGAUGUAGCAGUUUGAUGUAACUAUUAAACCACAAGCAGAAGCAAAUCACCUUUGACAGAGACAUACAUUCAUGAAAAUAUUGCUUGCGUGUUCAAAUUGUAUGUGUUUAUCUGGUGUGUGUGCAUUCACAUUAUGCAGAAGGGUGCUAGGCUAUCAAAGUACAUUUUACUAUUAACAUUUUCUCUCUGGCUUUUGAAACAGGUCAAAAUCAUCUCAUCGAAUGGAAUCAAGGGAAGAGUAACAUGCGAUGCAUUUUACUUGUGUUUUCCACUAUCUUAGUAAAUAAUAUGUCAUUAAGCUCGUUAUCAUUCCUUACCUGAAGGUUUUACCGACUAAUGCUUUAAGGAGCUAUUGUCUGUAACUGGAAGACCCCUCUGGAUUAAAGUGUGAGGAAUAUUUACAUCACUUCAGAACAGUAUCUCUAUAUCAUGGCCUUUAGAAAUGACAACAACCACACUGUCAGUUUUAGAGUUUUCUUUUGUUGAUAUUGUUACAAUCCCUGUUGACAACAGUGGUCUAAAACGCCAAAGAAAUAAAACAGAACAUCUCUAGAAAACACACACAUACAUAAAUGUGUCAAGAUGUUUAUUAUUUUAAAGUUAUUUUUUUCAUAAAGUUUUCACAAUGUGAUUUUUUCUUUUGUCCAUGUGCAAAACAGAAUAACGUUACAGUAGCACCACUGUAGAAGCACUUUGAUUGUGGAUAUUGUUUCUUCUUCCUACACAUGCAUUAGUGAGCUAGCGACAUGACUGAGUGUCGUUAAUGAGCGCUUCUGUACAAUAGGCCAUGUAAGCUGUGACGGAGAGCGUCGGCCUGAUGGAGGCCUGUUGUGCUCGUCCAGGCCUGUGGAGCUUUGCCAAGCCGUUAGGCAGAUGAAGCUCCACUCCAUCAGGCCCAUCCAGGGGUGUCAGGAGGCUGCAGAGGCCACAAGGGCUCGCAUUAUAAUUGCCCUCCAGUCGCCUGGUUUAGUUUAGCUGGUCCAAUGUGUUUUUAGAUGCAGGUUUGUAAAAAGGUCUAUUUAGCAUUUGAGUACUUGUAGUGCUCAACAAUGUAAUAUUGUUGCUCAAUAAGAUGCUUCUUCUGUCAGAUGCUUCACAGAUUGUAUCUGUAGUCAAAUGUAUUUGAAGGUUGGGAUAUUAAAUUGUUUGAUACUGAAACAGAGGCAUUAUGAGAUGUUAAACGUUCACUAGAUUGCAAAGAAACAAUGGUGUGCAAAGAUUCUCUCAGGGCAAGAACAACUCUUUUGUGUGCAGGUUUAUGUUUAUUUGAUUUGAUAACACUGCACCAGAGCACCACUUGAGCUACCAGGGGGGCAGAUGGAAUAAUAAACCUCUUUGCACCUCACUACAAAAAUAAUUGAGCCAGGAUAAGAUUUUAUUUGAACCUAAAUUCCUUUUUUUUACCAAGUUUUUCUCCCAUUUCCCAGCUUCUAAUUGCUACCCUUCCGUUUUGCAGGUUAAGCAUAUUAAUUAAAUAUAUUUGCCUCAGCAGUUUGGCCUCAGUGUUAGAAUGUGCUAUAUUUAGUGAUAAUCCUUUUUCACCAAACCUAUGUCGGAAAGAGUAAAUGCAACAACACCCAGAAUUUACUCGAGAGGCCCUCAGAACAUUAUUGUGUUAUUUUGCUUGGCCAAGCGUGACCUUUGCUGGGGCCCCGGCUCUGGUUAACAGGCUGACUAGGGGACGUGGUCCACGUUGGAAAUAAUUAAGGGAAAGGAGCGGAAUUAAUUGGGUUUGAUUUCGAACAUUUUUCAAAAAGACACGCUUUUCCACCACUGACAUAAUUGUGGAUCACUUGAAGGGUGGGGGGAUUAUGAUGGCUGGCGUCAGUUGCUCGUCUUUGUCAGUGUCACUUUAAAAAUAUGUCCCAGUAAGCACUCCCUCCCUCGCCUGUCACACAUGUGCUUCGCAUUCACUAGCACACAUGUUAAUGGUUAGGUUUUAAAAUUCAAUAUUUUGAAUAACGAAUACUCGUUACUCAAAAAUAACUUUAACUGAUUAAUGAAUUACUAAUUAAACUAACACGGACUGUUAGAAACAAAAAAAAGAGUGCUGAAUGUAGCCAGACUGACAACACGAUGUAGACAAACUGGCUAGAGUGUCUUCCUCUUUGCCAUUUUAUAUUUAAUAAAAGGGGUUUUCAAAAAUUA